CAGCGAGUCUAUGUUGUAUCAGAGCGAUCAGCCGCCGCCUGACUGACGUUGGGAGCAGUACUUGGUGGUGAGGAGAGGAAGCAAGAAGGAUUGGAGACGGAACGGAGUCAAUUCUCCUCCCCGCCGCAAAGGUGGAGGAGGCCCGAGCGUCGGCUGCACGGCGUUUGGCCGUCCAAAAGUCGACCGGGUCUAAGGCCAUUGCCCCACCUUCAAGAAGGCCUGCCUUCUCCACCUCUUUUCUUUUCCUCCUCACCACCAGAACAAGACACGCAACAAUGUCGUCGCACACAUCGAUUCCCUCGGGCAAGCGCACCCUCUUCCUCAUCGGCCCGGGCUUCAUCGGCGGGACGAUCCUCUCUCAGCUCCUCGCAUCGCGUCCCUCCGACUUCCACAUCAAAGUCCUCACCCGUCGUCAAGAGCAGGCCGACCAGCUCAAGGCGCAGGGGAUCCACGAGACGAUCCUCGGCUCGCUGGAUGACACGGAUCUCAUCGCCAGCCACGCCAAGACGGCAGACGUGAUCAUCCACGCAGCCACGGCUGACCAUGCCCCCUCGGCCCUCGCGGUGGCUGACGGCCUUAAGCAGCGCGACACAUCGCGGGGCAGGGCCAUCUUCAUUCACACGUCGGGUAAUGACGAGCUCGUUGGGGCGGGCGAGCCAGGGAUGAGCAAGGAGGAUAGGAAAGUUUCGGAUGCGUGGCAGGAUGAGGAGAUUGAGAAGAGAAUGAGGAAGGAUGCGUAUCAUAGGCAGGUCGAUGGGCCAUUGCGUGAGGCCAUUAUGAAUGAUGAGGCGGAGCAGAAGUACAACAUCCGCACCGUGAUCCUCAUGCCCCCCCUCAUCUACGGCAUCUCGCCCUCUGCCUUUGGGUCACGCCUCUCCAUCCAGACCCCCAUGCUCGCACGCUCGAUGCUCGCACGCGGACCCUUUGUCCUCUCCGAGGGGCAUCGCGGAGGAUGGAACGCAGUCAGUGUGGACGAUGUCGCCAGCACCUACCUCGUCACGCUCAAGGAGCUGGAGAAGGAGGCGGCUACCACGGGCAAGGGCAGACACUACGUCUUCCCCUCCGAACCAGAGCCCUUCAGCUGGAAGGAGCACAUCGAUGCCGUCUCCUCGCGCGUACUGGCUCACACUGGCGCUUCUCCAUCGUCGGUUCGCACCAUCAGCACGCCAGACGAUUUCGAGGCUGCCGUAGGAGGCAAGGAGGAAAACCCAUAUGCUCCCUGCCUCACCAGCGUCGUGUUCGACGAAGAGCACAAUGGCUACACGCGUCCGGAGAGGCUGACCAAAGAGUGGGGAUUCAAGCACCAGAGUACGGGGGUGAUCAAGUCGAUUUUGGAGGGAGGCGAGUUGGAAGGCCUGUUGAAAGAGGAGGCGAAGAAGGCUUGAGGCGUGCGGGAGCAGAUCAGGAGAGGCGGAGAGGAUGGCAGGGUCGCUGGGCGCGAGGCAGUGACGAAGAGCGCAAUCCUCCGUCGCGCCUCCCUUUGUGCAAAACUUCGCCUUCACGACGCUGCCUUUCAGCUUGCUCGCAUGCUGAUUGGGUAAGGAUAUCAUAUUGCCGCGCUUGGCGUGAUGCUCCGCUACUUCCUCUGUUCAUGCUCGACUCCACCAUCCUGCUGAUUGUUCCUCUAUUUCCACCAAAAGGAGGUGAUGUUGUCGGUCGUGCUGACGAACGGUGCGCUCAACCUCUAUGCCUUCCAACGAUUAAUGACGA